UUGUCAUUCACUUCGCUCGCAGUCAGCAAAAUGAUGAAACUUCUCGUCUGCUCCGCUUGGGUCGUCUGCUUGGGACUGACUGUCUCUGCGGUGAACUUCCAACGGACAGUCAUCGCAAUCGGAAGCCCCACAGUACCUGGCGAGUACCUGUUUCUACAGGGUGGUGACAGGGCAGGGUCCCCGAUCCCCAUCCUACAUAACAUGACUGUGGGGAACGCUCGUUCUGUCUAUGCGCAGACGUCUUCCGGUGAUCGUUUCCUCAACUGGAAAGGGAGCGAACCUGAUCAGGGUGUCUACAUCGAUAGCCAAGGCCGAGAAACGCAGCCGGUUGGAACUCCUAUGAUCUGGACAACAAAUGACAGACGCAACAAGGCCUCUGUGGACGCUGACGGACAUGGCUACACUGACCUCAACACCCAGGGGGAGCAUCUGUGGCUGGCAGACAUCUACAUGGACUGCGACAAAACUAGCAACGGCUGGUUUGACUUCAAGGCCUACAUGCUGGAUCUCCGUGCUGGAACACAAGACGUUGGAUGGGAGGGCGACUUCAUCAACCAAGAGUUCUGUAUUGUCGACGGAUCCAUGUGGGGCACCCAGAGCAGCCUCCAGUGGGACCCCCGCAACCAUCACGGACGCUGUGGGGCCUACAAUUUCGUCCUGUGGUCCAGAAACCUUUGCGUCGCCAACCAGCUCAGUCACCACCUAUUGGCCUUCGAAGAUGAAUGGACGGAAGACGGAGAACCCACGGCCGAGUAGAUAUUGUUACAACACAGCAGUCUCUGUGUAGGGGAGGGUCUUCAUUGAAGGAUUUUGUAUUUUUGGAAGUUCUUUCUAUUUAAUAAAUCGGCUCCAUUUCUA